AAGCCAACUCGCUUAUCUUGUACGAGUACAACUUGUUCUGUAAUCAACUUGGACUGGCUAAACUUUUCCAAAUUAGCCUUCCCUUCCUCUCUUCUUCUUGAAACAAAAGCCAUAUCUUUUCAAGUAAAUUAAACAACAAUUCUUCAAAGCAAGUUCUUAUACUUGACAACAUCUGAUUCAAUCUUUUUGCGACACUUUUCAUGGCGAUAUCUCCCCACGCAUUCCCGCCCCGAAUGCGGCGGCCAUCGGCGGAAGCCUUCGUGUCUCCGAAGCUAAUAUCGGAGACAAAUCUUGUCGAAUCGCUUCUUCUUCUAACAAAAGAGAUCAGCGCUCUUCAACCUCUCCAAUUCCUCCUCCGGCGAAACUCUUCCUCCUUGAUUCGCAAGGCGAAGCUUCUCGCGAUCCUCUUCGAGGAGCUUCUCCGCGGCCCGGCCGCCAAUCUCUUCUCCACCUCCGCCGUCCUCUGCUUCGAGGAGAUGUUCAUCGUCCUGCAAAGAAUCAAGGCGCUCCUCGAGGACUGCUCCAACGGAAGCAGGAUGUGGAUUCUGAUGCAGAACAACUCCAUUUCCAACAACUUCCACGAGCUCAUGGCAGAUUUGUCGACUUUACUGGAUAUUUUCCCCGCCAGAGAGAUCGGAUUGAGCGAAGACGUGGAGGAGCUUGUUUGGCUGGUGAGAAAACAGUGCGCCGAGACAAAAGCCUUCGUCGAUCCAGACGACGAGAAUCUCAGACGCGAGGUAUUGAAUCUUCUCGAUCGGAUCAAGAAAGAAAUCGUUCCUGAUCAGAAGAAUCUGUCCGAAAUUUUCUCCAGAUUAGGGAUCCGCGAUUCCUCCACUUGCAGAGACGAGAUCGAGAGCCUCCAAGACGAAGUCCAGAACCAAACGGACGACAAAUCCAGGUCCGACGCCAUCGCUCUCAUCGGCCUCGUCCGCUACGCGAAAUGCGUCCUCUUCCGCGCGUCGACUCCACGCGCCGCCGAGAUUCGGCGCCGGAAAUCCUCGUCCGAAAUCGCCUUUCCGACAGACUUCCGCUGCCCGAUAAGCCUCGACGUAAUGCGGGACCCGGUCGUCGUGGCGACAGGUCAGACGUACGAUCGCGAGUCGAUAAGGCUGUGGAUCGAGUCAGGACACAACACGUGUCCCAAGACAGGUCAGACCCUGGCCCACACAGAGCUAAUCACCAAUCGCGCGUUGAGGAAUCUGAUCUGUAUGUGGUGCCGGGAGCAGAAGAUUCCCUUCGAUGCAACGGACAGCAAGGACAGACGAAAAGGCGUUGUGUCCAACAAAACGGCGCUCGAAGCGACAAGAAUGACGGCGUCGUUUUUGGUAAACAAGCUAUCCAUUUCCCAGUCAACGGACGACACAAACGGCGUCGUUUACGAGCUCCGAGUCCUAGCCAAAGCCGAUUCGGAGAGCCGAGCCUGCGUGGCCGAAGCGGGAGCCAUACCUCUAUUUGUUCGGCACCUAGGCUCGGAGCACCCGAAUCUCCAAGUCAACGCCGUGACAGCGAUACUCAACCUCUCCAUCCUAGAAGCGAACAAAACGCUGAUAAUGGAGACGGAAGGUGCACUAAACGGUGUUGUCGAGGUCCUAAAAAACGGCGCCACGUGGGAGGCGAAGGCGAACGCCGCGGCGACGAUAUUCUCACUCUCUGGUGUACCCUCCCACAGGAAGAAGCUCGGGAGGAAGACACGUGUGGUGAGGGGAUUGCUCGAGUUGGCCAAGGAGGGUCCCACGUUCUCGAAACGGGACGCUUUGGCGGCGAUACUGAAUUUGGCGGCCGACAGGGACGGAGUGCUCAGGCUGGUGGAGGCCGGCGUGGUGGAGACGACUGUGCAGCUGAUGGACGGGCUACCGGAGGAGGCGGUGACCAUAGUGGAGGUGGUGGUGAAGAGGGGAGGGCUGCUGGCGAUUGCGGCGGCUUACGGCGGGAUUAAGAAGUUGGGAGGAGUUUUGAGGGAGGGGUCGGAUAGGGCGAGGGAGAGCGCGGUGGCGGCGCUUGUGACGAUAUGUAGGAAGGGAGGGGCGGAUAUGGUGGCGGAGCUGGUUGGGGUGGCGGGGAUCGAGAGGGUGGUUUGGGAGGUAAUGGGGACGGGGACGCCGAGGGGGAGGCGGAAGGCGGCGACGCUGCUGAGGAUUCUGAGGAGAUGGGCGGCUGGGUUGGAUGGAGAUCAUUACCAUCUCACGAGCUAUAGUGGUCAUAGCACUACUACUGCUACAACUACUACUGUGGUCUUGCCCGGCUGAAGCUGAUCAUAUUUGUUGGUUGAGUUUGUAAAAUUUUUUUUUCUUUCUUUUUUUCGUUCAUUAUUUGUUCUUUGGUUACAUAUAUGUGAAAUCUAUGAAAAAUCUUGUGCAUGAAUAUAAUUGGUUCCUUCUUUUUAGUAAAAAA